GCUGCCAUUGGCUGAGAAAGUAGGUUAGUGGUCCGACAGCAUGACGGAGGACAGAAACUGGGUCACUGCUUUAUGUCACACUUUUCACUUCCAUAACAGCUCACCUAGCCUUCUUCCAUGGACGCACACAUCAUAGCAGACUACAUAGUUUCACAGCGAGCACCUGCUAUUUAGGGAUCAGAGCAGAUUACGUGGAUGGAACUUGGCUGAGCUGACUCUACCAGAGACCACAUCAAAUAUCAGCUGACCAGUCUGGGACAGAUACAAGUCUCAUUAGGGAGGCCUGUUGCUGUUUCUUAUCCAGUUGAGGGCUCAAGAGUGGAUGGAAGGAGAUGAUUUUAACACAGAGGCUGUGAUGAACAUCUGUGAUGACCUAAUGGCAGACCAAAGGAUGGACAUCUCCUCUACAAUGACUGACUUUAUGUCCCCCGGCUCUACUGACCUCAUCUCCAGUUCUAUCAGCACUCCCAGCAUGGACUACACUCGGAAGAGAAAGGGCAGCACCACAGAAUACCAAAUCGAUGGCUUCCCAUAUGACAAUUUAGACCCAGACAAAGAUAAACUGGGAAGUGACCAACCAGGACGGAUAAAGAAUGCCAGAGAGGCUCACAGCCAGAUUGAGAAGCGCCGCAGGGACAAGAUGAACAGUUUUAUUGAUGAACUGGCGUCACUGGUGCCCACGUGUAACGCCAUGUCUCGUAAACUGGACAAGCUGACGGUUCUGCGCAUGGCUGUUCAACACAUGAAGACACUUAGAGGAGCAGCAAACCCCUACACAGAGGCCAACUACAAGCCUUCCUUCCUUUCUGACGAUGAGCUGAAACAUUUGAUACUUAGGGCUGCCGACGGUUUCCUGUUUGUGGUCGGCUGUGAUCGUGGAAAAAUUCUUUUUGUUUCAGAAUCUGUUUACAAGAUUCUUAACUACAGCCAGAAUGACCUGAUAGGUCAGAGUCUCUUUGACUACCUGCAUCCUAAAGACAUUGCCAAGGUGAAAGAACAGCUGUCUUCUUCCGACACCGCCCCUCGUGAGAGGCUCAUUGACGCUAAAACUGGUCUUCCAGUGAAGACGGACAUCACGCCUGGUCCAUCAAGACUUUGUUCUGGAGCCAGACGCUCAUUUUUCUGCAGAAUGAAGUGUAACAGACCUUCUGUCAAAGUAGAAGAUAAAGACUUUCCCUCUACGUGUUCCAAGAAAAAAGCUGAUCGUAAAAGCUUCUGCACCAUCCAUAGCACAGGGUAUCUAAAAAGCUGGCCCCCCACAAAGAUGGGUCUGGAUGAAGACAAUGAGCCAGACAACGAGGGCUGCAACUUGAGCUGCCUGGUAGCCAUCGGUCGGCUGCAUCCACAUAUUGUCCCGCAGCCCAGCCUGGCAGACAUCAGGGUGAAACCCACCGAAUAUGUCUCCCGCCAUGCUAUCGAUGGCAAAUUUGUCUUUGUUGACCAAAGGGCAACAGCUAUCCUAGCAUACCUACCCCAGGAGCUGCUGGGAACCUCCUUCUAUGAAUAUUUUCAUCAGGAUGACAUUGGCCAUCUAGCUGAGUGCCACAGACAAGUGUUGCAGAUGAGAGAAAAGAUCAACACCAAUUGUUACAAAUUUAAGAUCAAAGAUGGCUCUUUCAUCACGCUGAGAAGCCGAUGGUUCAGCUUCAUGAACCCCUGGACCAAGGAGGUGGAGUACAUUGUCUCCACCAACACGGUUGUGUCGUGUCCCAUGAUUGAAGGAUCCGUGUACACUCAGUCUGCUGCCUCUCCACAGAGUAUGGACAGUCUUCUCCCCUCAGAAGUAGGUGGAGGAAGGCGAGCCCUACAAACAGUGCCUGGCAUCCCCGGUGGCACCAGAGCAGGAGCGGGAAAAAUUGGAAGGAUGAUCGCAGAGGAAGUUAUGGAGAUUCAAAGGAUUCGAGGCUCCUCCCCCUCCAGCUGUGGAUCCAGCCCACUAAACAUCACCAGCACACCUCCACCGGACACCUGCUCUCCAGGGGGGAAGAAGAUUCACAAUGGAGGAACACCUGAGCUGGCCAGCACUGGAAUCCUACCUGGACCUGAUUCUGUGGGAUACCCCUACUCCAACCAGUCCAUCAUGAGUGACAACUCCCACCUGGGUAUCGACAUCAUGGAUGAGCCCGGGUCCAGCAGCCCCAGCAACGACGAGGCGGCCAUGGCGGUCAUCAUGUCCCUCCUGGAGGCGGACGCCGGCUUAGGCGGCCCCGUGGACUUCAGCGACCUGCCCUGGCCUUUGUAAGAGGACUGUGGACUGAGGACUGAGGACUGAGGACCUCCCUCCUGCACCAAAGCCAGCGCUAGA